CUCAAUAGAUAAUACGACACAACCAAAUAAAUUCAAAAGUCAAAACACAAUAAUAAAAUAUUAAUAAAAGUUAUGAAAAUUCGUGCCCAGUUGUGAAAAAAGCCUAUUAUACAUACAUGAUUGAUGAAUGAUGGUACCUUCAAAAUUAUACUCUCAUCGUGCUCCGGCGAAAAGAAGAUGAGCAAGCUGAUAUCUUCUUCUUCUUCAAAUGCAUUCUGCACUUGUUAUUUCAAAAAUUAUUUUCUUCAAAUGCUGUUAUACAUCAGUAUUUAUCUGCUAUCGAAUAUUCCAAAUUCAAAUGGUUUUGAUCCAAUAAUUCAGCUCCCCUCAUCUGGGCUCUACGAAAACAAUUUCAGCAGGUCAAAAGUUGUACUCAACAUCGAUGAUUUUGGUGCCAAUGGCGACGGAAUUACUGAUAACACCAAGAUUAUGCAAAAUGUUUGGAAGGUAGCAUGUUCGAUACCAUCGACCGUGAAAAUUGUGAUUCCAAAAGGGAAAUCGUAUCUAGUAAAACCUAUCGACUUUCCGGGGCCUUGCGAGUCAAAUGUGACACUAAGAAUUUCUGGUACUGUUGUUGCACCCCGUGAUCCUGAGGUAUGGAAUGGUUCGAAUGUACAUAAGUGGCUCUAUUUUCAUGGAGUGAAGCAUCUCACAGUAGAUGGGGGCGGAAUAAUUGAUGGGAAGGGGCAGAUAUGGUGGGCCCGGUCUUGCAAGAUCAACGAAUCAAAUCCUUGCACGCAUGCACCAACGGCGAUUACUUUCCAUAAAUGCAACAACUUGAAAGUCAGAGAUAUUACUCUGGUUAACAGUCAACAAAUGCACGUGGCGUUUACUAACUGUGUGCAUGUUGCAGUUUCUGGUGUGAGAGUUACAGCUCCUGCCGAUAGUCCUAACACCGACGGGGUCCACAUAAGUGCGUCGACACAUUUUGAACUCAAAGAUGCCAUUAUCGGCACAGGAGAUGACUGUAUAUCCAUAGUCGGCAAUUCUUCACGUGUUCGUAUAAAGAACAUUGUGUGUGGACCAGGCCAUGGUAUUAGUAUUGGAAGUUUGGGAAAAUCAAAUUCAUCUGCUGCAGUGAGAGAUGUUGUCGUCGAUGGGGCAGUUUUGACAAAUACCGAAAAUGGGGUCCGAAUAAAAACAUGGCAGGGAGGCAGCGGUUUUGCAAGGAAAAUCACCUUCCAGAAUAUACAAAUGCACAAUGUAUCGAAUCCGAUUAUAAUCGAUCAAUAUUACUGCGACUCUCCAAUCCCUUGUUUAAAUCAGACUUCAGCAGUGAUAAUUGACAGUGUUUCUUUCCGAAACAUCAAAGGCACAUCAGCAACAGAGGAUGCUAUCGUUUUGUCAUGUAGCGAAAGCCAUCCGUGUAAAAAAAUAUAUUUGGAAAAUAUUCAGCUCGUUUCGUUUUCCGAGAUGAUUAUUGCGCAGUCUUUUUGUUGGGAAGUUUACGGCACUAGCUCGGGUUCGAUAUGUCCGCCUUCUUGCAUUUCGUCGGUAUUGUAGAUUCCACGUUUAUAUAUUUAUAAUUUAUACAUAAUCAUGCACGUUUACAUACGAGUGUGUUUAAAAAUGUGUGGUAUAUAUAUCUACACACGUGUGCGGUUAGAUACGUUGCACUGAGUGUAACAUAGAAUAAACUGCAUUUUUAUUCGACACGAUGAUAAGUCCAGCUCAGCAAGCUUGCAGAAAGACGAAGAUGCUUUCGUUUUUAAGCAUAGAAGCUUUGAAAUCGGCCACGUAAGAUAUAUAUUUUGUACUAUUGUUCGUGGAGGUUUGCGAUGAAUAUAUAAAUCGUUUAACGGUGAUUAAUUAGUAAUUACUAAGCUAUUUGUCAUUGA